AUGGCUUCCUCUGUUCUUCGACCCUCCUUCCUUCCGCUUUUCCAGUCCAGCGACCUGCACAAAUCCUGCUUCGUCCCAGAUCGUCAAACCCAAAUCUCUGCCUCCUUCUUCCAAAGGAUGAAGAGAGCGAUAUGUGCUCAACAAGGGGAUAAUGCUAAUGCUGAUGAGGACUCGAAGAGACCCAAAGGAAGCAAAGAGAACGAUGAUCCAAAGAUUCAGAGUAGGAGAAAUCUGAACUUCUCAGGAGAGAAGCCUUUCACUCCGAUCCUGGACACAAUCAACCACCCAAUCCACAUGAAGAAUCUGUCCAUUCAGGAACUGGAAGAUCUGGCCGAUGAACUGAGAGAGGAGAUAGUGUACGUAGUGUCGAAGACAGGAGGCCAUUUAAGUGCGAGCCUGGGGGUGGUUGACUUAACUGUAGCACUUCACCAUGUUUUCAACAGUCCAACCGACAAGAUUAUCUGGGACGUUGGCCAUCAGAGCUAUGGGCAUAAGAUAUUGACGGGGAGGAGAAGCAGAAUGCAUACUAUCAGACAGACGAAUGGACUUGCCGGGUUCCCGAAGAGGGAUGAGAGUGUUCAUGAUGCUUUUGGAGUUGGUCAUAGCUCUACUAGCAUUUCAGCUGGCUUGGGAAUGGCAGUUGGGAGGGACUUGAUGAGGAGGAACAACCAUGUGAUUUCUGUUAUAGGAGAUGGAGCCCUCACAGCAGGCCAAGCCUAUGAGGCCCUGAACAACACUGGUUUCCACCACACCAAGCUUAUUAUUGUCUUAAACGACAACGAACAGGUCUCGCUUCCCACUGCAACCGUGGAUGGCCCAGCCAAACCUGUUGGAGCCCUAAGCAGAGCCCUAACCAGGCUUCAAUCCAACAAAAAUUUUCUUAAGUUGCGUGAAGCUGCUAAGGGAAUCACGAAGCAAAUGGGAAGCCAGGCACAUGAGGUUGCUGCAAAGUUGGAUACGUUAGUGAGAGGGGUGGCUGGUGGGUCUGGUGUGUGUUUGUUUGAAGAGCUUGGGCUGUACUAUAUCGGUCCUCUUAAUGGCCAUAACAUGGAAGACCUCACAUAUGUUUUUGAUAACCUCAAAACCUCGCCCCUUAUGGGACCUGUUCUCGUUCAUAUCAUCACUGAGAAAGGAAAGGGCUAUCUCCCUGCUGAAAAUGCCCCUGACAAAAUGCACGGGGUUGUGAAGUUUGAUCCAAGGUCAGGGAAGCAGAUGAAGAAGAAAACAAGUACACUUUCUUACACACAGUACUUUGCAGAGUCAUUGAUAGCGGAAGCUAAGGUUGAUGACAAAAUUGUGGCCAUCCACGCCGCCAUGGGAGGUGGCACAGGACUCAACCUCUUCCAGAAAGAAUUCCCUAAUAGGUGUUUCGACGUGGGAAUCGCAGAGCAACACGCUGUUACCUUCGCUGCUGGUCUUGCUACUGAAGGCUUUAAGCCCUUUUGUGCCAUCUACUCUACUUUCCUUCAAAGAGGCUUCGAUCAGGUAGCUCACGAUGUGGACCUUCAAAGGCUACCAGUAAGAUUUGCCAUGGAUAGAGCUGGCCUUGUGGGAGCUGAUGGUCCGACUCACUGUGGAGCCUUUGACACUACGUACAUGGCCUGCUUACCCAACAUGGUGGUUAUGGCUCCGUCGGACGAAACUGAACUUAUGCAUAUGAUCGCAACGGCUGUGGCCAUCGACGACAGGCCAUGUUGCUUCAGAUAUCCGCGAGGAAACGGAAUAGGAACCACACUUCCACCAAAUAACAAGGGCACGCCUUUGGAGGUUGGAAAAGGAAGAGUUAUAAAGGAAGGGUGCAGAGUUGCUCUGGUUGGAUACGGGACAAUGGUACAGAAUUGUGUCGAAGCUUCAAAGAUCCUUGAAGCUCAUGGGGUUUCUACCACUGUGGCUGAUGCGAGAUUCUGUAAGCCUCUGGAUCGAGGUCUGAUGACGGAACUGGCUAAACAGCACGAAAUUCUCAUCACUGUUGAAGAGGGAGCCAUUGGAGGAUUUGGUUCCCAUGUUUCCCAUUUCCUCGGCUUAAACGGAUUGCUGGAUGGAAAUCUCAAGUGGAGGCCGAUGACACUGCCUGAUAGAUACAUCGACCAUGGGUCUCAGGCUGAUCAAACUGAAGCUGCAGGACUGAGUGCAAAUCAUAUUGCAGCCACUGCUUUAACUUUGGCCAAUGUGAAUUGGGAUCAUCAUCUUCUUCUCAGCUUGCAAAUUUGAAGCCUGAAGCCAUUGUUAAUUGUGAUCGUUUUGUGGAUGAAGCAAAGGGACUGUAGAUAACAAUUAAUAAUGGGGUACGGCCGCAGUAAGCAUGAAAGGAAUCAAAUAUAUAAAUAUAGUAUGUUUAAUUUCCCUAAAUAUUAUGGUAAUAAAUAAAGUUGUAAUAACGCAGUGUAUUUCUGCGCAAUAAUGGAAAUUAUUGUUGUUCA